GCGGCCCCCGCCCGCCGGCUAGCCCUGGCUCGGCCCGUUAGAGGCCGCUCGGUCCCGGGAACACGGGUGACCGUCCGGGGCCAUGAGGCAGCUCGCCGCCGCCUCCCUUCUCUCACUCCUGAGGGUGCUGCUCCUGCCUCCGGCACCGGCCCCCGCCCAGGAUUCCCUCUCGACCUCCACUCCGGGCAGCCCCCUCUCUCCCACCGAGUAUGAGCGCUUCUUUUCGCUGCUGACCCCAACCUGGAAGGCAGAGACCACCUGCCGGCUCCGCGCAACCCACGGCUGCCGGAACCCCACCCUCGUCCAGCUGGACCAGUAUGAAAACCACGGCCUGGUGCCGGAAGGCGCUGUCUGCUCCGACCUCCCUUAUGCCUCCUGGUUUGAGUCCUUCUGCCAGUUUACUCAGUACCGUUGCUCCAACCACGUCUACUACGCCAAGAGGGUCUGGUGCUCCGAGCCAGUCUCAAUCCUCUCACCAGACACUCUCAAGGAGGUGGACACUUCCUCUGAAGUGCCGCUCACGACGAUGACCUCCCCCAAGUCCUCCCACAUCACAGCCACAGAGCUCCAGCCCUGGCCCGAGCGGCUUAACAGCACUGUGGAGGAGCUGCUACAGUUCUCCUUGUCCCUGGGCGGCCAGGAUCAAGGGCAGGAGCUGGAGGGACAAGAGGAGGAGCGGGAGGAAGGACAGGGCACAAAGCAGGCGCUGGAGGCGACGUCUGGGUUGCAGGCAGACCCGGAGCCCAAGACCCAGUCUGAAUUUGUAUCCUCCAACCCUUCCUCCUUCAUUCCCCGGGUGCGGGAAGUGGAGUCUACUGCCAUGAUGACGGAGGACAUCCAAGAGCUCGUCCGAUCCAUGCAGGAAAUGGAUGAAAUGAAUGAAAUGAACGAUGUAUAUGAGGAGGCGAAUAUCUGGAAAGCCCAGAGCCCCGGCAGUCUCCUGCAGCUGCCCCACGUGGAGGCCUUGCUGGCACUGUGCUACUCGAUUGUGGAGAACACCUGUGUCGUAACCCCUACAGCCAAGGCCUGGCAGCACUUGGAGGAUGAGAUCCUUGGUUUCGGGAAGUCGGUCUGUGACAGCCUUGGGCGGCGACACGUAGCUACAUGUACCCUCUGUGACUUCUGCUCCCUGAAGCUGGAGCAGUGCCACUCGGAGGCCAACCUGCAGCGGCAGCAGUGUGACAGCUUCCACAAGACGCCCUUCAUCAGCCCCCUGCUCACGUCCCAGAGCAUGUCCAUCGGCACCCAGAUAGGGACCCUAAAAUCGGACCGCUCUUACGGGCUGGAUUUGUACGGCGGGCUGCACAUGGACUUCUGGUGUGCCCGGCUGGCCACCAAGGGCUGCGAAGACAAUCGAGUCGCCAGCUGGCUCCUGACUGAGUUCCUCAGCUUCCAGGAUGGGGACUUCCCCACCAAGAUUUGUGACACAGAAUAUGUGCAGUACCUGAACUACUGUGCCUUCAAAAGCCAGCAGUGUAGGAUGAGAAGCCGGAACCGGAAGGUGAGCCCUUCCCUCUGCCGCCCCCGCUGCCUCCCAUCAGCCCCAAGGGCUGGUCCGUUCUGGGCCCCCCCGUGGCGUCCGAGCAUCAAGGGUGUGGCGAGUGGGUGCAUCUCCGGGCAGAGCCUCCUCCGUGGACCUCUGUCCCCACUCCUCCCGCCUUGGGGUGAGCGGCUCCCCCAGGCCCCCAGGCAGAGGGUCCCAGGAGGGAGGGAGGCUGCAGAUCAGAGGCCCUGUGGAUACGCCAGGAGGGAGGAAGCCCAGCCGGCUUGGGCCUGAGAGGCUGAGGCCUCAGUCUUGGCCUCUUGCUGUUACUCACCAAGUCGUCUGAGCCAAGUCACUUCCUCUCCAGCCUCAGGCUCCUCAUUUCUGAGAGGGGGCGGGUCGGGCUCCGUGGUGUGUCUCCUGCUUUAAAAACCCACAUCUGAGUUUCCUCCUUCCCUCUGCUCCCUGUGCCCACGCCCGCCCACCUCCUGUUCUUUUUUUUUUUUUUUUUUUGCGGUAUGCGGGCCUCUCACUGCUGUGGCCUCCCCCGUUGCGGAGCACAGGCUCCGGACGCGCAGGCUCCGGACGCGCAGGCUCAGCGGCCAUGGCUCACGGGCCCAGCCGCUCCGCGGCAUAUGGGAUCCAGACCGGGGC